AUAAAAAUAUAAUGAUAUCUGAGAAUGAGAGUACACGAGUGUUAUUAGUGAUAGUAUAGAAUCCUUAAUCAAUAAUUUUGGCUCAUUCUUUAUUCUAUAGAUAUUUUUAAAAUUAUGGGGAAGUGAACAAGAUAUUAAUAUUUGAGAAAGGAAAGUUAUGGAAAUGUUUUAUAGAGAUGGGAAGUGUAUAAUAGGCAAAGAUAUCAUAGUAAUAAUUGAAUGGUUGUUAAUUGUACGAAUAAACAAUAAUGAAUGUGUAAAUAGUAGUAAUUAAUAAAUAGUUACUUUUCUACAUUGUAGAGUGUGACAUUUUUGAAUAAUAAUUCUGGAGGUGUGGAUUAUCAGGCAAUGAAAUAAAGAAAUUCAACAAAGAGUGUGAAUGUAUAUGAAUAAGAGUACAAUUAUCCUAAGACAUAGAGUCAACCAUUAAUAAAUCAUUAAGAUGGGAGAUCAAGUGUAGUUAGUUUUGGAAAUGAGAGAACAAGAGGUAGUUUGAAUGACAAAUAAGAUUAUUAAGAUUAUAAAAAUGAAUGGGAAUCUUCUAUAAUAUAAACAUCUUUAGAAUUUAUAGAUGAUACUGAUUGUCCAAACAAUAAAAAAUGUUCAUCAUAUAAAUCAAUAUAAUUGGAUGAUAAUAAUGAAAAUGAUCCAAUUGAUGAAGAUAUAAUGCAUGCAUUUUCAUCUGAAAAGAAUACCUAUUUAAAUUCUUAUAUGUUUUCUAUUCCUGAAGUAGAAGAUAAAAUAAAGAAUUAAGAUAUUGAUCCUUAUACAUAUGUAUCACCACAAUUCUUAAGAGAGAAUUAACCAUCUAAAGUUGUUUAUAUGAGAGGGUUGAUGAAUCAGAAUAUUACUGCUUUAAAUAUAUUUAAUUUACUAUCUAAUUUUGGGAAUGUCUUAUUAAUUAUUCAUAUUUAAAAUAAAACUUCAGCUUUAGUAUAAUUUGAGAAAUUAUCACAUGCUUAAAAUGCACUUGAUCACCUUAAUAAUUAAAUGUAUUUUGGAUAUAAAUUAAAGAUCUUUUAUUCAAAUUAUUAAGAGAUUUAAUUUCCUUUACCAUUCUAAUCUCCAUAAACUUAAGUUUUUAUGCCAAUUCCAUCAUAAUUUAGAUUUAGUGAUGGUAAAUCAAUAUCUUUUAAUCCACCAAGUUAAAUUUUACAUUUAAGUAAUAUAAAAGGGAAAAUGUGUGAAGAUGAAUAAUAUAUUAAAGAUUUAUUCAAAGGAAUUGGUCAUGUAUAAGCAAUUAAAUAUAUACAUAUUGAUAAGUAAAUAAACAAUUAUAAUAUUAAUGAUAGAUAAAAACAUAUGGCAUUAGUAAGAUUAUCAUCUUUAGAAGAAGCAUUGAAUGGAGCAUCUUUACUUCAUGGAAAAGAAGUAAUGGGUAGAAAAAUCAAUGUUUCAUUUACCAAAAGUAAAUUAUGCUGA